UUUCAGCUAUCACUCUAGGGUCAAAAGUCAAAAAUCUACACCAUUUCGCUACAUAUUCACUAUGGGGAAGAGCAACCAAAACAACGACGCAUCAAACUGCAAGAAGUACGGGAUUCCACUGUAUGGCGCCGCGUGGGUUCCACCGGCUGCUGCUUCCACCAUCAAGUCCGGAUCCGAAUCAACACCAGAAGAAACAGAACCUGCAGCUUCCUCCUCCUCGAAUUACCAUAUUGUCCUAGCCGGAGGUGGUGGAGAAGGUCGCAGUGGAAUACCAAAUGCUCUCCUUGUCUCUACCUUUGAUUUUUCUUCUAAUUCCCUCUCCGAUCAGCCUGUGGGAAAGCUUGGAACUGGUAGUGAUUUGCCAUACAGAAUUGCUGUACAUCCUGGAGGAGAAGGCCUUAUUUGUUCGUUGCCUAAGAGCUGCAGAUGGUUUGACUGGGAUGCAAUUACCAUCAAAGAUGAGCUUUCUUUGAGCCUGAAAUCAUCUGAGAAAGUGCUUGAGAAAUUAGAAGAUGUUGGCCAACAAUUAGCACUGACAUUUAACAAUGAGGGUACUUUACUUGCCGUUGGGGGUGAGGUAAAGAACUAAAGAUUUUUUACGCCAAUAUUUUCAAAGUACCAAUGUUGUACAAUAAUGAAGAGAAGCAUAUUGAACUUGAUAAAGAGAUUAAAAAGAUAGUGCUAUUUUAGUUAAGUUUGACAUGAUGACAUUAGUCACAGAUAUUGUUUCAUCUUCAGUCGAGGCCCAAAGUUCAAGUAGCAAUUGAAGACAAGCCAUUUUUUGGAUGAAAAUUAUUUUUGAAUAUGAGAAAAGUGCGAAAUUGGAAUUACGUUUUCAAUUUUUCAUCUAUAAACUCUUAUUGUUACACUUCAAAAAUCUUGUGUGCAGUACUAGUUUCUAUCUUUGAUCCGAAAGUUUGUACCAAUAAUAAUAGCUAUGAUUGGAGUUAUUGUUAGCACAAUGAUGUUGAUGUUCAUAGAUAAGACCUAAGAUUCUUGUCGUCAAUUGGAAAGUCAAAGAUUUGACCAAUUUUGUGAGUAUUUGUUAUCUCUAUUUCAUCUUCUGGUAUAGGUAAUUGAUAUUGGUGUUAUUUUCUCUCCUCAUGAGAACAAUCUCAAGCCAACACUCUAUUCCCUUUUAGGUAUAGUUCAGAGCUUAAUGUUCUCUAGCUGAGAAUCCAAAGUGAUAACUCGAUAUGUGUGAGUUGUAAAAUAUUACGUUCAGCAUUGGGGCUUGGUUGUUAUGUUGGAUAAGUUAAUAAGGAAAACGGCCUUUCAGAGGAAAAUACAAGUUAUAUAUAAGAUCUAAUAAACAGCAGAUUCAUUUGUGUUAGAUAAGUGGAUCAAGCUUUCAUGCUUGUUACACAGAUUAUAGUCAUCUUAUUAUUGUCUUAAGAGUUCUUAGCAUUCUACAUGUCAAUUUGAAAAGAAAAAAAAGAAAGAAGGAGAAGGGGGGGAUUUAUUGAUCAGGGGAGACAUUCAAGACAUUCCUUGUAUUUAACAUAUAUUUGCUGAGGUGC